CAACUGCAUACAGGAAAGGAUCUGUCGAUGUACUUGCAUAUACCAGUAUUCCUGCUAUUGGAUUCCUAAGAAAUUUGGGAUACGUACAUUCUGGCUUGGCAGCAGCGGCGAUAACGCUCGCCUUGACUACAACGCGACCUCCUUGGAUUGAACACUCCUCUAGGCAAGAUGAUCCGCGACGAGGGGGACGACUCGGAGAAGAACGCGAGGAACCAUCGGAAGCGCGAUGGUCCUAAACGAGGUGCAGCGUUUGCCGAUCUGGUUAGUUUGGCGAGCCUCCAAGCUGUGGUGGACGAUACGCGUGCGAGUGUGGACCAAAUAGCGCUCUCUGCCGAGAAGGUGCUGAGGGACCCGCAAAGCUUGAUAUUGAUGAGGCGUAGAGUGGCGGAGCAGGAGGAAUGGAGGCGUGUCGUGAGGAACCAGGCUGAGGAGGUCAAGGAACGAUGUCGCAAGGUGUCGGAUGACAUCCUUGUCAAAUCCAAACAGCUGGAAGAACGACGGCAGCAGCUCGCCCGCGCCCGAGAGCUGCAUCAAGCGGAGGUCGCCGCAGCCCAAGCACUGGAAGAAGAGGUCACCUCCGCACGUAGUACCCUCGUCCAGACCUCGGCGCCUAUCCCCAUCCUGCGCGCCUCCCUCGCUCGCACACUCGACUUCAUCUUCCCUAUCCAGCCGCUGGACCCUGCCUCCCUAUUGUUCACCAUCCUGGACUGCCCUUUACCCGUCCCGUUGCCUAGUUCACCUACGCCGCCUCUCUCCCUUCCAGACCAGCCGGGAGUGACCGAAGACUCGGUUGCCUCCGCCCUGGGCUUUGUGGCGCAAGUUGUUUACCUCCUAGCGGCGUACGAGGGCGUUUACCUCCCGUAUGGUAUCACCUGCGCGGGGAGUAGGAGCGUGAUACGAGAUCCGAUAAGCGAGAUGCGCGGGCCUCGAGCAUUCCCUUUGUACUCCCGAGGCGUGGAACAGUACAGAUUCGAGUACGCAGUCUAUCUGCUGAACAAGGAUAUUGAACUGCUGAUGAUGCGACGCAACCUCCGCGCCCUGGACCUACGCCACACGCUUCCAAAUCUCAAGAACCUCAUGCUCACCCUUACUUCUGGAAAGGAACCCGACCACCUACAAAAACGACAUCAUCCCUCCCGCUCCGUCGACUCGCUACUCGACGUCGAGCCGCUUCCGUCCACCACAGGCUCAGGCUCAGGUUCGGCACCGUCGUCCCCUUCCCUCCCGUCUAUAACUCUUACGGGAACUUCUUCUGCCCCAUCGGCCGCAUCUGUACCGCCCAGCAGCUCGAAACGGCCGUUCCUCUCCCCCUUGGCGGCGAUGCUCCGCUCGCGCUACGCAGGUGGAGGGUUCCUGCGCCCCGCAGUAGCGGAGCGUACCGCGAGCGGAACGGAGAUCAGUCCUGCUGAAGUAGCGCUGGGGGAAGACGUGCUCGCUGUGCCAGAAGGUGUGGGGGCGGCGUCCCCUUUGCCUGUACCGGAAGGGGCGGGGGAAGGGGUAGAAAGCUUAGAGUUGGGAGAUGGCGAGAGUAAGGAAUCUAGCGAAGUGGCUAGCAGUGCCCUGGCUGAGGAGGACGAGGACGGACCUGGCGAAGAGCUGGAAGACGUGGAGGAGGAAGAUGAGGAGGAUACGUUGACCCCAACUGCAGCGACGGCUAAUGGGAAGGAUACGUUCCUUGAGAAGUCGCUGAGGGGAAACGGGCAUACGCCGCUGAGUCCUGUGAGAGAGGUUGGGGUUGAGGGGGAGACGAGGUAG